AUAAAUAUUAAAGCAAAUAGAAGCAAGAAAUCUCAUUCAAAAUCUGAAGAUGAAUGUUUUACAGUUGAUUCUAUAUAUUAUAAAAGUACAGGUUAUUCAGAUAAUUUUCAUAAAGCUAAUGAUUUAGGGCUUAGAGAUCUUAUUAGUUCACUUAAUAUAUUUUGUCUUUCCAAUGCUAUGAAGGUUGAUGAAUUUCUUAAUUUUAAUGAUGAUAAAAAUAUUGAAAUAAUAAAUGAUGAAAUAGAUGAUAAUGUAGAGUCUAUAAUUAUUAGCAGUAGUUUAGUAUUAAAUAGCUUAGAAAGU